GGUCCCAUAAAAGCUGUAAAUGCAUGUCCAGCUUGGUGGUUGUGGCUACGGCUGAGCUGCAUUUGCAUCGCAGCUGGUGCUAACGAGCUGAGGUUGGCGCGAGUACAACCCCCCCUCCCCCCGGCCAUGCUUUUUUUCCCUUUCUUACUAUUCUUGACUGUUUUAUCCCAUUCUCUUCUAAUCCCCCUACUCCUCACAAAUCAUUGGCAUGGACUGCAGUAA